AACUUGUUCUUCUCACAAUAGGGAUAGCCAGAGAGGUAGAGUUUCCCUAAGAAAAAGUUUUUAAUGAGAAGAUGGCUUUAUUUUGGCUGUGUCGUCAUCUCUACGGUGUUGAUUUGACAUCCAAGAGUGCAUUCUUAAGACUACGGAACAAGUGAAAGGCGUCGGUGGCUGAGAGGCAGUAGCAAUUUUUUCUAAUUCAACAAUGGCCCUGCUACUGCCUCCGAUCUAUGCUCGUGCUCUGCUGUCCAAAAUGGCAGUUUCCAUUGGAACUGGAGUAAAGUCUAUAUUCUCCUCGGGUCCUUAUCGUCACGAACAAAUUCUCUCUGAUCCCACAAGAACGGAAUCAACAGAUUACAGGAACGGAAUUUCUGCUGGGAAAGAAUUUCACCUCAGUUGUUGUUCUCAAAAAAACCAAACACAGACAUGUCCAGGAGACCAUCCCACCACACACAACCCCACCAAUCUUGGCCCUUCAUCAUCAUGCCCAUCAUACUUCCGGUGGAUUUAUGAGAGUCUACGUCCCUGGAAGGAGAUCGGAAUCAGCAAGGACAUGCUGGAACAGGCACGUCAGUAUGCGGAUAUUGGGGUGGUAAUUUUGAACGGGAAAGCCCAUGCGGUGAAGUACGGUGAGAACGUAUUUCAGACGAGGGAUUUGUUUACUCUCUGGGGAAUCCUACAGCUUCUCAGAAGGUACCCCGGAAGACUACCGGAUAUGGAGUUGGUGUUUGAAUUGGGUGAUUUGUCUGUUGUCCGGAAACAAAAAUUCCUGGGUCCAAAUGCUCGACCGCCACCCUUGUUCCGUUACUGUUCUGAUGAUUACAGCUUGGAUAUUGUCUUCCCCGAUUGGACCUUCUGGGGCUGGGCAGAGACAAAUAUAAGGCCAUGGAAGAAUACGUUGGAGGGCAUAAAAGAAGGUAGUAAAAGGAUGAAAUGGGAGGACAGGGAGCCCUAUGCUUUCUGGAAAGGUAAUCCAUAUGUUGCUGCAAACGGUUCUAGAAUCGACCUUUUGAAGUGCAAUGUCUCUAAAAAGCACGACUGGAAUACUCGACUCUAUAGACAGAAUUGGAAGAAAGAGAGCCAACAAGGGUUCAAACACUCAAGCUUAGAAGACCAAUGUAUUCACAGGUAUAAAAUAUACAUAGAAGGGCAAGGAUGGUCCGUAAGUGAAAAAUACAUUAUGGCUUGUGAUUCCAUGACCUUGUUUGUCAAACCUCGUUACUUCGAUUUCUUUAGUAGAGAGUUGCUGCCGCUACAGCACUAUUGGCCAAUCAACAACAAUGCAAAAUGCACUUCUCUUAAGUUCGCUGUUGAAUGGGGCAACACUCAUCCAGAGAAGGCGAAGGCCAUUGGAAAAGCCGCUGUCAAGUUUAUGGAAGAGGAUUUGAAGAUGGAUUGUGUUUAUGAUUACAUGUUUCAUUUGUUAACUGGCUAUGCCAAGCUCCUCAAAUUCAAACCCCAAGUUCCCGAGGGAGCUGUCGAGCUCUGUGCGGAAACAAUGGCAUGUGGUCAAAGUGGAAAUGUUAAGAAAUUUAUGGUGGAAUCCUUGGUGACCUCUCCUAGUCAUACAGCUCCAUGCGCCAUGCCUCCGCCCUAUGAUGCGGUGGAGCUCCGAGUAUUUCUUGAGAGAAAAGCUAAUGCUAUUAGGCAGGUUGGGACCUGGGAAAAGGAAUAUCAAAGGAAAACAAAUUUAAAAAAAGGAAAAAAACAAUGAAAAAGGUGGUUUCUAUGAUUAGGAUGUCUAAGGUGAUACAAAAUAGUUGUAAACAUUAAAUUUUUUUCAUCCUA